AUGCCGAGCCCUACCUACUCCAAGAUUGCCAUCGCCGGCGUCGGACACAUCGGCAAGCCGAUCGCCGAAGCCCUCCUCUCUGCCAACCUCGACGUCAAGAUCCUCUCGCGCACCUCUGCCGCCAAGCCGGGCCUGGAGGCGGCCAAGGUGGUGGCGAUCGACUACAACGACGCGUCGGGCCUCGCCGCGGCGCUCGACGGCGUCGAGGUCGUCAUCUCGACCCUCGGCGGCGGGGCGGCGCUGGACGGGGACCAGAUCCAGCUCGCCGACGCCGCAAAGCGGGCGGGCGUCCGCCUCUUUGUCCCCUCGGACUUUUCCACCGACAUGGACCUCAUCCCGCGCGACGACGCGGGGCGCCUCCCCGCCUUCUGGAGGGGCAAGGGCGUCGCCUACGACCACCUCGAGCGCAUCGGGCUGCCCUACCUCCGCAUCGUCAACAACGCCUUCGGGGACUACCUCUACAGCCCCUUUAUCGGCUUCGACUUUGACAGGCGCACCGUCCAGGUCGUCGGCGACCUCGACCGCCGCCUCGUCGUCUCGGCCGAGCGCGACGUCGGUGCGUUCCUCGCCCACGUCCUCACCACGCUGCCCGCCGAGCAGCUCGAGAACCGCGCGCUGAGGCUGCAGAGCUUCAAGACGACGUGGCGCCACGCCAUCCAGGCCGCCGAGCGCGCAAGGGGCAUCGAGCUGCGCGUGGAGAAUGUCUCGAUCGCCGAUGCCAAGGCGAAGGCAGACGACAAGGACACCGACCCCUUCACCGCCGCCGCCUAUAUCGUACGCUGGGCCAUCGCCGCCGGGGCGGGCGACUUUGAGGUCGACAACGACGCCGUCGGCUUCAAGCCUAGCGUCACUAGCCUCGAGCAGCUCCUCUGA